GCUCUGAGACUCGUCGCCUCAUAUAUAUUUCUCAUAUUUAUUCUAUCGGUCUUAGUUGUACGGGAAACACUCGACGCUCUAUUGCUCUAUAUCAUUUAGACAAUACAAUAAAAAUUUUAUUUUUAAUUUACUAGUAGUGCAGACGAUAUUUUAAACCCGGAAGGUUCGAAGGAGAGACGAAGGAAGAAAAUAAGCGGUUUUGCGGCUGCAUUCUUUUUAUUUUUUAUUUUUCCGUUAGUUCGCCGGUAUCCGUUCUGCAGGUAACACUGAUCGUGCACAUACAUUGUAUACAAGUUGUACACAAUAAAUAAACGGUGUUAUUUUUUAAAGAAGAGUUCAAUUAUAUUUAACUUGUCGGGUUUUUGAAUAAACAUUUAAUUGUCUGUUAGUAAAAAAAUGACAGACACUCCGAAAAGUGAUUACAAACCCCUGGAUCCCAUUCAAGAUGCGAUGGGAAUCAUGGGACCUUGGCAGAUAAUUAUAACGAUUGCGAUUUCUCUAAUAAACUUUCCCGCAGCCUGGCAUCAGCUUUCGAUAGCCGUUCUCGCACCUGGACAAAAUUUCACGUGCAUAUCACCGGCGCCAAUUAAUCCCAAUGAUUCGAUUAUUAAAGCAUGUUUCAUAAAAGUAAAUCAUAGUCUGCCAGCGGUAAAAUGCACUGAAUUUGCUUAUGAUCAGAGUGUUUUUAAAUCUACUAUCAUCAGUGAGUGGGAUUUAGUAUGCGACCGCAAAGGUCUACUGAGUUUAGCACAACCAUUAACACAGUUCGGUAUUCUCGUUGGUAACAUGGGCUUUGGUAUAAUUGCCGAUAAGGUUGGUCGGAAAAUUCCUUUGAUGAUUGCGGUGGUUGUUCAAGCGGUAGCAGGAAUUAUCAGCGUAUUUAUGCCAGUGUAUGAAUUAUUUUUAUUCUUAAAAUUCAUUUCCGCUAUCGCCACUGGCGGUACUAUGCUAAUUAGUUUUGUUGUUGUAAUGGAAAUAGUCGGGAUUGAAUGGCGUUCAAAAAUAUCAACGCUCUUUCAUAUUCCGUUUUUACUUGGAUUCCUAAGUAUUCCAUUAAUUUCAUAUUUAACUGGUACAUGGGAUGGUUACUGGCUAACAAUAUCUAUUCCACCGUUUUUAUUACUAUCCUAUUACUGGCUGAUACCCGAGUCUCCACGAUGGCUAUUAGCUGUCGGUAGAGUUAAACAGGCACGCAAAGUUUUGAUGGAAGCAGCUAGAAGAAAUAAAAUAUCCGAAGAUAAAGUAACCGCGGCAAUUGAAGCUCAUGAAAAUUUAAUAAAUAAAGAUAACAAUACUAAUGUCGACGGCGAUGGUGAACAAAAAACCUACAAUGUUAUUGAUCUAGUCCGUACACCGAACAUGAGGAUAAAAACUCUGUGCAUUGUUUUUAAUUGGCUUGUCUGCGGUAUGGGAUUCUUCGGCAUCGGACAUUAUCUUGGUCAUGUAGGAGGGAACGUAUUAAGUAAUCUCGCGAUUUCAGCCGCAUUCCAGCUGCCAGGUCUACUACUAGUUUACAUUUUAAUUUCGCGCGUAUCCCGUUUAAAAAUUUUAAUAACUUCGAAUGUAAUAUCAGGAAUAAGUUUACUGUUGAUUGUCGCAUUUUAUCACAAUUACACUGUUAAGUUGAUAUUAGUAACGAUCGGUAUUACUGGGAUGACCAUAAGCUUCCCCACUAUUUAUUUGUACACCGGCGAAUUGUUUCCAACAGUUGUGAGGAACAUUGGCUUCGGAGUUUGCAGUGUUGCUUCAAGAUUCGGCAGUAUUGUCGCACCGUUUUUAAUUGUUGCUAUUGAUGAAUUAGCUGAGUGGAUAGUGCCAGUUGUUUUUGGUGUCGGUCCUAUUAUUGGAGCUGGUCUCUGUUACUUCUUACCAGAAACAAUGGAUUGUAAAUUACCAGAAACUAUUGAAGAUGGGGAGAAUUUCAAAAAGAAAAAUACUAGUACUCCACUUGAGGCUGUAAGUUAAGUUGUUAAGACAUCAAUUAAAUGUCUUUAAUUUAAUCAUUUUCAUUAUAAAAUUAUCAUUCGUCAUUAUUAUUUUUUAAUUUAAAUUUCAUUUAUCGAAAAUUAUAUUUAAAUAAAUUUAUAACUUUAAAUUAAAUAAUUUAUAUUUUCUUUUAUAAGUUCUUAUAAUUAAUUAAUUAAUCAUUAAUUAUUUAAAGUAUAUUGUUCAACUAAUAAUUAUCAUUGUUAUUAAAAAUGUUUCCAUGACCAUAUAUAAUUUAAAGAUCGUUAAAUUUCCUACCUCAGUGAAUUUUUUUAAAUUAUAACUUUUAAAUUGUCAAUUUUUUUACUUUUAUAUUUUCUUAUUUAUGAUACCAAGUAUUUAAAAAAAUGGCACUUAAAAGUAUAUGUAUCCUGUUGUUAGUAUGUCAAAAUAUACGCUUAGAUCACGAUAAAA